GCUCUGGAGGAUGAGAGAGGACAUGGCCAGGGGCCCUCGCAACACGCCGAGAUGGGUGUCCCUGCUGGUGCUGGUAGCCAUAGGCACCGCCGUGACAGCGGCCGUCAACCCUGGCGUCCUGGUCAGGAUCUCCCAGAAGGGCCUGGACUACGCCAGCCAGCAGGGGACGGCCACGCUGCAGAAGGAGCUGAAAAGGAUCAAGAUUCCUGACUACUCAGGAAGCUUUAAGAUCAAGCAUCUUGGGAAGGGGCAUUAUAGCUUCUACAGCAUGGACAUCCGUGAAUUCCAGCUUCCCAGUUCCCAGAUAAGCAUGGUGCCCAAUGUGGGCCUUAAGUUCUCCAUCAGCAACGCCAAUAUCAAGAUCAGUGGGAAAUGGAAGGCACGAAAAAGAUUCUUAAAAACGAGCGGCAAUUUUGACCUGAGCAUAGAAGGCAUGUCCAUUUCGGCUGAUCUGAAGCUGGGCAGUAACCCAACAUCAGGCAAGCCCACCAUCACCUGCUCCAGCUGCAGCAGCCACAUCAACAGUGUCCACGUGCGCAUCUCAAAGAGCAAAGUGGGGUGGCUGAUCCGACUCUUCCGCAAAAAAAUUGAGUCUGCGCUUCGAAACAAGAUGAACAGCCAGGUUUGCGAGAAAGUGACUAAUUCUGUAUCCUCCGAGCUGCAACCUUAUUUCCAGACUCUGCCAGUAAUGACCAAAAUAGAUGCUGUGGCUGGAAUCAACUAUGGUCUGGUGGCACCUCCAGCAACCACGGCUGAGACCCUGGAUGUACAGAUGAAGGGGGAGUUUUACAGUGAGAACCACCACAAUCCACCUCCCUUUGCUCCACCAGUGAUGGAGUUUCCCGCUGCCCAUGACCGCAUGGUAUACCUGGGCCUCUCAGACUACUUCUUCAACACAGCCGGGCUUGUAUACCAAGAGGCUGGGGUCUUGAAGAUGACCCUUAGAGAUGACAUGAUUCCAAAGGAGUCCAAAUUUCGACUGACAACCAAGUUCUUUGGAACCUUCCUACCUGAGGUGGCCAAGAAGUUUCCCAACAUGAAGAUACAGAUCCAUGUCUCAGCCUCCACCCCGCCACACCUGUCUGUGCAGCCCACUGGCCUUACCUUCCACCCUGCCGUGGAUAUCCAGGCCUUUGCCAUCCUCCCCAACUCCUCCCUGGCUUCCCUCUUCCUGAUUGGCAUGCACACAACUGGUUCCAUGGAGGUCAGCGCCGAGUCCGACAGGCUUGUUGGAGAGCUCAAGCUGGAUAGGCUGCUCCUGGAACUGAAGCACUCAAAUAUUGGCCCCUUCCCGGUUGAAUUGCUGCAGGAUAUCAUGAACUACAUUGUACCCAUUCUUGUGCUGCCCAGGGUUAAUGUCUCUGUCACAGAGAAACUACAGAAAGGCUUCCCUCUCCCGACGCCGGCCAGAGUCCAGCUCUACAAUGUAGUGCUUCAGCCUCACCAGGUUCCAGUCCCUGUGCCUCCCCUUCCCGCUCCCAGGAGCCCAUCCAGCCUCAGGAACUGCCCCCAGCCAUCGGGCCUUGGCUACUUAAGGGACCUGGGCCCAAUCCACAGCUGGGACACUCCUGGCCCACUGCACUGGGAAUCUAGGAUGGGGGCCUUGGCCAGAGCCCUGCCGUCCAUACUGCUGGCAUUGCUGCUCACGUCCACCCCAGAGGCUCUGGGUGCCAACCCCGGCCUGGUCGCCAGGAUCACCGACAAGGGACUGGAGUAUGCGGCCCAGGAGGGGCUAUUGGUUCUGCAGAGUGAGCUGCUCAGGAUCACGCUGCCUGACUUCCCCGGGGACUUGAGGAUCCCCCACAUCGGCCAUGGGCGCUAUGAGUUCCACAGCCUGAACAUCCACAGCUGUGAGCUGCUUCACUCUGCGCUGAGGCCUGUCCCCGGCCAGGGCCUGAGUCUCAGCAUCUCCGACUCGUCCAUCCGGGUCCAGGGCAGGUGGAAGGUGCGCAAGUCAUUCUUCAAACUACAGGGCUCCUUUGAUGUCAGUGUCAAGGGCAUCAGCAUUUCGGUCAACCUCCUGUUGGGCAGCGAGUCCUCCGGGAGGCCCACAGUUACUGCCUCCAGUUGCAGCAGUGACAUCGCUGACGUGGAGGUGGACAUGUCGGGAGACUUGGGGUGGCUGUUGAACCUCUUCCACAACCAGAUCGAGUCCAAGUUCCAGAAAGUACUGGAGAGCAGGAUUUGCGAAAUGAUCCAGAAAUCAGUGUCUUCCGAUCUACAGCCUUAUCUCCAAACUCUGCCAGUUACAACAGAGAUUGACAGGUUCGCCGGCAUUGAUUACAGCUUAGUGGAAGCCCCUCGGGCAACAGCCCAGAUGCUGGAGGUGAUGUUGAAGGGUGAAAUCUUUCAUCGUAGCCACCGUUCCCCAGUUACCCUCCUUGCUCCAGUCAUGAGCCUUCCUGAGGAACACAACAAAAUGGUCUACUUCGCCGUCUCGGAUUAUGUCUUCAACACGGCCAGCCUGGUUUAUCAUGAAGAAGGGUAUCUGAACUUCUCCAUCACAGAUGACAUGAUACCGCCUGACUCAAAUAUCCGACUGACCACCAAGUCCUUCCGACCCUUCGUCCCACGGUUAGCCAGGCUGUACCCCAACAUGAACCUGGAGCUCCAGGGAUCAGUGCCCUCUGCUCCGCUCCUGAACUUCAGCCCUGGGAAUGUGUCUGUGGACCCCUAUAUGGAGAUAGAUGCCUUUGUGCUCCUGCCCAGCUCCAGCAAAGAGCCUGUCUUCCGGCUCAGCGUGGCCACUAAUGUAUCUGCCAUCUUGACCUUCAAUACCAGCAAGAUCACUGGGUUCCUGAAGCCAGGAAAGGUAAAAGUGGAACUGAAAGAAUCCAAAGUUGGACUAUUCAAUGCAGAGCUGUUGGAAGCGCUCCUCAACUAUUACAUCCUUAACACCCUCUACCCCAAGUUCAACGAUAAGUUGGCCGAAGGCUUCCCCCUACCUCUGCUGAAGCGUGUUCAGCUCUACGACCUUGGGCUGCAGAUCCAUAAGGACUUCCUGUUCUUGGGUGCCAAUGUCCAAUACAUGAGAGUUUGAGGACAAGAAAGAUGAAGCUUGGAGGUCACAGCUGGACCUGCAUGUUGCUGUGCAGCACGUCUCAGAGAUUCUUGAAGAAUGAAGACAUUUCUGCUCUCAGCUCUGGGGGUGAGGUGUGCCUGGCCUCUGCCUCCACCCUCCUCCUCUUCACCAGGCACAUGCAUGCCCUCUCUGAGUCUGGGCUUUGCUUCCCCUCCAGAAGGGACCACCCUCCCCGACUGGCCUAGGAUAUCUUUACAAGCAGGCACUAUAUUUUUUUAUUUGCCAUCUGAUCCCCAUGCCUAGCAGAGUGCUGGCACUUAGUAGGUCCUCAAUAAAUAUUUAUUAAAUGAUGAGAUGAUGGAAUCACCUGGUAUUCUAGCUGAGCCUCAUCACUGCCUGCCCUCUUCUGACCUCAGGGGUCUUUGGAUAGUCAGCCCCAUCUAUGGUCUCCAAGGCCCCUUUCUCAUCACCGCUGCUAUGGGAGCCUCAAUGAGAGAACCAGGGAUUCUGUACAUCACUUAGCCUUGGAUCUGGCGCUGGUGCUCCGUCUCUAAGGCCCUUGUCCUGUCUCAGGCAGGGGCUCACUUCAAUAUCACUCCCUCCCUCAUUUCUUGCCUGCUACAGCCAGGGGAGCCAAUGAUCUCCCGGAGCAAAAACUCAGCCUCCCGCUGCUUUUCCCCCAUUGAAGCAAGUGUAAAUUAGGAGGAAAUGGAUCUGUCUAAGUUUUUGGUCCAACCCCAAUAAAAAGCUCAUCCAACUGUUGUUUAUGAGCCCCAAGCCUGGAGGGAGAGGCCAUGAUUUCUAAUUACUGAACAAUGCGCCUUUGAUCAGACUAAUAAAGAGUCAUUUCCAAGUU